CCUCUAUCUCCUAAGCUUUCCCCUCAUUGUUUUGUCGCUUGUCUAUUGCUACGUGGAAUCACUGGUCUGCAAAAGAAGAACACAAUCGCCAAAAUGGCUUCCCUCAUGCUAUAUCGCUUAGUUCUCCAAUGGUCCUUGGUCCCUACGGUGCUACUCUUUAUCCUCUCUCUCGCAUGUGCAGGCUUGACGACUUUCUACUGGGUCGCUGGAGACAGGAUGAUAACCCGUGGCAUUGUCCUGGGGGCUUCCACUGCUCGCUUUAUGAACCUCGACUGGACGGCCACGAUUGUCGACUAUGUGUCAUCAUCGACAGAUGCGGCAAUAAUUUCUGCCUGCUUGGGCGGAUUGGCAGCCGUUAUCACUUUUAUGGCUUGGAGCAAAUUACGGAGCGAAAACAUUGAUACGGACUAUGAGCUCCCUCGGCGCCGUCUUUGGGUCGGUCUCUCCCUCGUCGUCCUGAGCGCAUCAUUUGGUUCGGCACUUGCGUCUUUUAUCCUGCACUUCUCUCGCAAAGGCCCGGAUGAGUAUGGCUGCACGACCACGUUGAGUGGUUCGGACCCAUCCCGUACUGACCGGUGGAUCAUGUGCACGAGGGAAAUGGCAUAUUGCCGCGCCUUGCCCAUGUUGAAGAAAUUCGUCGAGGAUACAGCAACGGCGGUGCAGAAUAGUGCGGCGGAUGUAAGGGCUGAGACUGGGGUAGAUGUAAAUGUUUCGAAUGACUUGAGAAUUGAGGGGAUGGGUUUGGUUCCGCAUGUUUGUCGGAUGGCUCAAGCUGUCAAGUGGUUGCAGUUAUUGUUCAUGGGUUUGGCUGCUACGAUUGCGGUGCUGAUUCUUACACAGUCGGUUCUGAGGAGGAAGACGAGGUUUGAACGAGUGGGUAUCAAGAAAGGGAAGAAUGUCGCUGAGGGGAGUGUUGAGCCUGAUGUCAGACAUGUGCUGGGAGAGACAUGGAAGGUGGGGGAGUGCGCAAGACAUAAUCUUAGACUCGGAACGGGGCGAGGACUCGUAAGGAGCAACCACCGGUUCGCCUGAGAUGGAAAGAUGACGGGUCGAGGGCCGAUUGCGAUUUAAAAGACCAUAGUCGCCAAGCUUCUGGUGAUAACUUCGAAGCCUCCACAGACGUUGAGAUGGAAUUAUGGCGCGGAACAGCCUCUUGCUAGAACAUGUCUGAGAAGCUUUCCAUUCGGCUGUAUGCAACCCGGUGCAGAGAAUCCGGUAUCUUGAACCUUUGCAAGUCAUUCAGUUGGGCAAUAGAGCAUCAUUUCGGUGCUCUUAUAUCGAACAAGAUG